UCAGCCAUAUUCAAAGUAACGAAAUUUAACCGAAUCUGGUUUGGCGUGUGGCAUCAAAUUGUCGUAGUUUAUUGUUUGGUCACGCUUUGAAUUAUUAUACUGAUAACAUAUAAUAAAUAUGGCUGAUUUUAUUUCUGCUCGAAAUUGUGAUGAUGUGACAACGUCUGUUAACAGCAUUGUAAGGACCUCUAUGGAAAAACUGGCAGCGAUUUGGGAGGAGUGUGGUUUCGGUGAUACAAGCAUACAACAGAGAUGUGAGGCAGUGAAGAAGCAUGUUCAGUCUCUCUUUGAUGAAAUGCUUGAAGAGGAACAGGAAAAUAAGAACUUAAUUAUAACAAUGAUAGAAAAUUACUUGAAAGAGAUAGCAGAUUUGAGCAAGGAUCUGAAUCAGGAAAUUUCUGUCAAUGGCUAUGAAAACUUGCCAUUAUGUAAUGUUGAACGUAUACUGAGAUGCAAAGUGGAAGAAUAUCGGAAAAUAAAGCAGUCACGCUUGCAUAGAUUGGCAGAAUUGAAGAGCAAAGAAGAACUCCUUUGUAAUGCCUUGGGAAUUCAGCCACACGCUGAUUUUGCACAUCAAGUACCCAGUGAACAACAACUUGUUGAAUUUGAAUUAUACAUCAAGAAGAAAAUUGAUGAAAAGGAGCGGUUGAUGUCAGUGUACCAAGAAUCAAAGUCUGCAAUUGUUACUAUUGUGUCUGAACUUAAAAUUGUACCAGUUCUGGAAUUUGAGAAACUUGUUUUAUGUGAAGAGGACACAGCUUUCAGACCAACAAAGGAGAACAUGGCUGCACUAAAACAGCUGCACAUGAGAUUAGAACAGCAGCUGGAAGACACAAAAGCUGAAGUGACUGAGUUGCGUGAGAAGCUUACCCAACUUUGGGAUCGUCUUCAUGAAGAUUACAAUCACAGAAAUAUUUUCCUUGGUGCUCAUCGAGGUUACUCUGCUGAUACUUUGAGAGCUUUGAAGGAUGAAUUAAAGAGAUGCGAAGAACUCAAAUGCCAAAACAUAAAACGCUUUGUUGAAGAGAUUCGAAGAGAGCUGGAAUGUUGGUGGAAUAAAUGUUCAGUUGGAGAAGAAGAACGACUGCAGUUUCAACCAUAUUCAUCAGACUGUUUCACUGAAGAUCUCUUAGAAUUGCAUGAGCUUGAAGUGCAAAAGUUUCAGUCUUACUAUGAACAAAAUGUUGUAAUUUUUGAACUGGUAAACCAACGACAGGAACUCUGGGACAAAAUGUUAGAGCUGGAAAAUCGAGCAAAUGAUCCAAGCCGGCUGUUCCAUAACCGUGGUGGCCAGCUGCUCCUUGAGGAGAAAGAAAGGAAGAAUAUCCAGAAGGAGUUGCCGAAGGUUGAGAAGGAGCUGAUGAAGCACAUCACAAUAUAUGAGGAACAGCAUAAGAAGCAAUUUAUGAUCCUUGGGGAACCAGUCAUAGAUAUUAUAAGCAAACAGUGGGCGUUACAUAAAGAAAAUAAGGAACAGGAAAAGAAAGCCAAGAAGUUUGCAAGAGACCACGUGCUUAAUGUUGAAUCCAGACUGGGAUCUCAGUUAAGAUCUUCUAAGCGUAAGAAUGUACCAGUCACUCCUGUUCACAGUGCACAUAAAUUACAAAAGAUGAGUGGAAAUGACAGGACUGCUGCCUCAGAGAACAACCCUCAUCCUGUGCAACAAACUGUGAUUCCUAGGAAUAUAUUUGCAGAAUUAGGCACAAAUUCUGAUUCUUCAGCAGCAUCAAAUUUGACAACAUAUACAGACUUCCAGGACCAUCUGGAAGUGCUAAAUCAAGAAGUGACAUGCAGGAGCUCUGUAAUGCCUGGUCGCUGCCUACGUGAGCGUAACACCCCUACUACAACACUGCCACCAAGGACGAAGAAAACACCACAGCCAAGAAAAACACCAAUGAAACCUCCACGGAAAGUUGUUGCAGGUCAGGAGUCUUCAUCUAAACUCCCCCGAAUGGUACAGCGAACUGCACGGGGCACACCCAACAGUCCUAUGUACCAAAGAGGAAUAACCACAACACCCCGCUUAACUACUCCUAGAGGAAAACUCCCUAUAAUUAUUUGAUUUGCGGGUUUUCCUGCUUGAAUGUGGUGUAAAUAUCUUGUAUAAAUCUCCAUAUUAUUUCAUGUCUGUUAAGUAGCUCAUUUUCCUUAAUAAUAGUGAAACCCAUAAUAAUUUCAGUCUUGGAGACUGAGUAGAUAUGCCACAUUUCAGUUAAUAUAUUGUGUUUUGUGCUAUGAAAGAUUUCUCUUCAGCACAUUUGAUUUUGCAAACUCUGUAGUAAGGUGUCCUUGCUAAUACAUUAAUUCAUUUGCUUACAUUGUUUUUAAAAACUCUUAUAUAAACAUUCUGCAGGUUAUUGAAACUUCUGUGGGUGUCUAAAUGAAUCUAUGAUGUCAAUGUUCUGUUCCAUUUUACUAAUAAGAUAUGAAGUUAUAUAAUUUGAUUUUUAAAGUGAUUUUAUAACCUGAAUUGUCUAUAAUAAAUUAAAAUAAAAUAUAUAGUUUUGUAUCUUAAAAAAUUACACUUAAUUUCAGUUACAUGGUAAGAUUAUAUGUUAUCAGUUGAAAGUGAUUUUAGUUAAAUAAUAUCUACCGCCAUCAAAAAUGAUUACAUUUCAUGAGCAUAAUUUUAGGCAAUACUUACUGAAUGUGAAAGUAAAGCCUUGAGUAUUUUACUAUUCUUCUCUUUAGCAUUAAACUGAAGUUUUCAUUAAUCUGUCACUGUUGUAAGACAUUUAGGGCAGGGGCACAACAAAGAAACUGGCAACUGCAAUUUCUGAGAAUUGUUAUCAGACUGAGUUGAAGAUAUGGAACUGAAUGGAACAGCGCAAAUUGAGGAGACAGCAACACAACUUGUGGAAGACUGAGAAACUCAACUCCCAAGCAACCGAGCAAGCCAUUCUUCUCACAGUUACACUGCCGCGUAGUUUCUUAGUGUCAGCUGUUCUAAUGUUCUUCUGUGAUUCAGUUGUUUCUUUUCAUAGCAUGAAAGGUUGAUGUUGCUGCUAAUUUUGUUUUUGUGCAGUUAAUUGAACAGAAGCUUGGUAUAUGUGAAAAAUGUCAUGCAGACUGUGCUAGGCAGGACAAAAUAGAUUUGGCUUGGGAAAGAAUUUCUCAUGGAGUCUGGAUCCUGGUUAACUUCUUUUGAAACGGUAUAAACACCUGAGUUUAAAUUGUCGUGGAAGAAAGAAUGCACCCAACGUUUUCUUUUCCUAAUAUUGUAUUUAAGCAUCCUAUUGCAUUAAUAUUAUUUAUUUCACAUAUAUUUCCAUCUUAAAUGCAACUUAUUAUCUAGUCACCCUUCUUCAACAUUACAUGGUUUGGCUGUAUAUGGCCAUCAUCAGGUGUCUUCUAUCUUGCUGAAAUUGUUGAACUGUAUGCCAAAGUUUUGUAUCACAUGUUAACACGAUGUUUCCUGAUUAACAUAAAUUGACUUUAAUUAAAACUAAUUAAAUUAAUUAACAUCUAAAUGUUUUUCAUAUGAUCGUUGCCCUCUCUUCUCACGCCAUUUCAACCACCACCAUAUUAUGAUAGGAUCAGUAUUAUUAUCUGCCAUUGCAGAAGAUAAGUGCAUGAAAUUGAAAAGUACAAUCACGCAUUUAGUCGGAUGUACACAUCCAGUUAAGAUGAUGUGAGCAAAUAAUCAAUAUAAGUUUCCUCAUUGUGCACCUGCUAAUCUGGAAACCAAUUGCCUGCUUGAAAUUGAUGAUGUUUCUGGGAAAUUGCAGUUGCCAGUUUCCUUGGUGUUCCCUUGCCCCUAAACCCAACUCACUUCUGAGGAUGGGAAUGUAAUAUUGCACUUUAACUGCAAUGAUUCUGGGGACAUGCGGUAGCAUAGUUGGUUGAGGCACUAUGCUACAAGCUGGAAGG